AUGAAUCAAACGGGAUCCUAUCCUAGUGCAAGUGAUAGCAGUUUGACCAGCUGGUCGAAAAACAAAACAGACCCGGGACCGGAGGGUCUGGUUGACAUCUCAACGAGUAAUCCGAUGCAAUUACUUCAUCAACUGGGCACUAUGGUCCUCGUGGCUAAAAACAACCCCGAGGUAAGAACGUGUACGGAGGCUAAGAGAGGCUGGGAUCCGAUAAAUUCACACAUGACCAAUUCAACCGGUCGCCACGUGCCUAUUCGUGAACAGAAACAUGGUCUGGCAAGUACACCGAUCAAAAUGACUCACAGUGGUUAUCCCAAACGUCGAAAGCGUCGAGUGUUGUUCAGUAAAAUGCAGACACAUAAACUGGAACAACGGUUUAAUGAACAGCGUUAUUUAAGCGCAACUGAGCGAGAACAUUUGGCCAAAAUGCUCGACCUUACUCCUACUCAGGUAAACACGCUUUUUUAUCAUGAUGGAUAA